AUGCCUACAUUGUCCGCAUUUAAUACCACACUUGUAAAAAACUUCACCGACGCCACUGGAGAGCUUGUGAAAUUCUGCCGAAAACAUGAUGGCGGCCAAACUAGCUGCGGAUCGAAUCAGUACUGCUGUCCAAAUGGUGAUGGCUGUUGCCUAAAUUACAUUGACCUGUGGUGGUUCUGGUGCAUCUGGGUGCUCAUUAUUGGAUUCUCUUGCUUUUGCGCCUAUCAGCAUCAUCGAGACCUUGCUGUUCAAUCACAACCUUCUGCAGCUGCACGUGGAACAAUUUACGUAGCAACAAACGCCUAUCCCGGCCCUCCAGUUGAUGGCGACAAAGACCAGCUGGGCUACUGUAAGCUUCCCAAGUAUGACCCGCAGCUGAAUGUUCACUCCGAGUCACCUCCUCCUCCUUACAGGUCGAUCAACCAAAUAAAUUCAUGGACUUCAAUAAUCACCGACUCAUGGAAUUCAUUCUGGACGUCCACUCGAGCAAACCUCACUCGAGAAAUUUCAAAACCGAGCACUUCUUCUAACACUGAUUCAAAUCCAGGUCCUUCUCGAGUAGAAGAAGAGUCCGAAGACGAGCAAGACACUUACCCAGACACCGUUCGUCGGCUGCGCGAAGAACAGGAUCUUCAUAGUACGGAAAUUGAUGGGAAUCAACCUUCAACUCGAAGUUACUUUCAAAAGUGGUGCAGCUUCUGGUGCGCGGAUGAUCUCACCUACGAUGUAGAGCUGGAUAGUGGCGAGCAUCACGACGAUGCGACAACAACAGAUGGUACAGAAUUAAAAGCAGCAACGAGGACGAUCUCCUCGCGCUCCUCGCAUUCUGGUCGCCCUGGACAGCGUAGCAAUCGCUCAAACUCGAUCAUUAGCUCCAUCGAAAUAGCCGUCACAAAUAUCAAAGAAUCGCCAAAGCUCACUCGAAAUUCAACAUCAGUGGCUCGCAGACUGUCUCAUGAUCCAUUUCUUCUCUGCCACGAUCUUCAAACAAUAGAAAUGCGCAAAUUCCAGCAAAAGCGUCGCAUGUCUGAACAAUUAAAUCCUUCACCUUACCGUCCCGUCGAUCCUCUCCGUUCAAAAACGUCGCUUCACAACUAUUGA